AGCGACGGAGAGAGAGAGAGAGAGAGAGAGAGAGGAGGGGAGAGAGAACAGCGAGGAGAAGGACAGAAGGAGGAACAAACAUGGACACGGACGGCGGCUGCAGCUGAUGUGUCUCCCGGUGUCGGACUUGAGGCUCGACCCUCCUUGUGGCGCACAGCUGCUCCGUUAUGUCGGACAGGCUGAGGAUAAUAAUGUCAGGGAACGGAGGAAAUCUUCAGAGAUCCUGCUCCUGAGCUGCGCUGUCACGGUUCGAAGCGGGAUAUAUAUAAUCUGAAAAAACUAGAAGGAUGUCGCUCAUGUGAGAGAGGGAGCCUCCUGUCCGUCCUGAGGGCCACGGCGCAAACUUUGUUAUUUUUCUAUCUAUUUCUUUUUCUGGAGAAGGGGGGAACAUUUUUUUUUUUUUUUUUUUUUGCUGCAUUGAAAAAUUCCUCUGGACGGGAUGUCAUCCGCAGUCAGGAGGAAUUCCUCAGGCUGACUGCUCGUCCAGCUGCAGUGUGUGUGUGUGUGUGUGUGUGUGAUCCAAACGCAGAGAGUUAAAAGAUGGGAGAUGCGGCAGAUCCUGACAGAGGGAUGAGACGGACCUUCAUCGUCCCUGCCAUCAAGAGCUUCGAUCACUACGACUUCACCAGGGCCAAGAUCUCGUGCAGCCUGACGUGGCUGGUGGCCAAGGCUUUCGGCUCGGAUGCAGUACCAGAGGAGCUGGUGGAGCCUUUAUACAGGGACCAGUACAACCAGGAGCACCUGAAGCCUCCCGUGGCCUGCCUGCUCCAGUCUGCAGAGCUGUACUGCCGGGCCGGGAGCCUGAUCCUCCGCAGUGAUGCCGUCAAACCUCUGCUGGGACACAACGCCGUCAUCCAGGCUCUGGCUCAGAAAGGCCUGUACGUGACCGACCAGGACCGACUGGUGACGGAGAGAGAUCUGACCAGCACGCCCAUACACAUGAGUUCCCAUCUGGCGCUCAUUGACACCCUGAUGAUGGCGUACACGGUGGAGAUGGUGAGCGUGGAGCGGGUGAUGUCCUGCAUCAACAGGUACUCCUCCGCUGAGCCCUCCCACGGUGACGGACACAUCCAGGAGCUGCCAUAUGACACCGAGGACGCAAUCAUCACCUGGAUCAACAAGGUGAAUGAACACCUGAGGGACAUCCUCGUUGAGGAGCAAAAGCUGAGAGAGGCUUCCUACCAGGAAUCUAACUCCACAACCCAAAAAGGAGCGUUUUGUGGAAAGGCACACUGCCAGGCUCGCUACAGGAAGGAGCUCGCUCAGCAGAGGAACGCCCCGUCGCUCCCCCUGGUGGAGAACCUGCUGAAGGACAACACGGACGGCUGUGCCCUGACCACACUGGUGCACUUCUACUGCUCGCAGGCUGUCAGACUGGAAGAUAUCUGCCUCAAGGAGACCAUGUCUUUGGCCGACAGUCUGUACAACCUCCAGCUGGUGCAGGAGUUCUGCAGGAACAACCUCAACCACUGCUGCCACUUCAGCCUGGAGGACAUGCUCUAUGCCCACGCGUCCAUAAAGAGUAACUACCUGGUGUUUAUGGCCGAGCUUUUCUGGUGGUUUGAGGUGGUUAAACCUUCAUUUGUGCAGCCCAGAGUCUUCAACCCAAACGCAUGCGAGCCUGUUUCAACUUGCAAGAAAAUGGCUCCCGUGUCCAGUCCGGUCAAACAGAGCUACGCAGACAGAGCUGACAGCCCAGAGAGCCUCCCUGUCGAGGGUGUAAUGAAGAGAUCUACCUCCAUGUCCUACGUGGAUGGCUGCGUCGGGACAUGGCCCAAAGAAAAACGCUCCUCCUGUCGGGGAAUCUCCUUUGAGAUCCCUCUGGACGGAGACCCGACCGUGCCGCCCUGUGAAGCUCCCGCCCUCCGUGGCAUGACCCGCUCCGCCAGCAGCGACGGUCUCGGGUUCAAAGUUCACUUUGCAUCUCGAGGCGGCAUCAAGCGCCACCUCUCCCUCAUGCCCGUCAAUGUGAACGGCCAGGGCAGACACAUACCGGAAGAGGAGGAGGACUUCACCUCCCACAAGCCCUUGGGGAGGAACAACACAUUCUCAGUCAAGAACCAAAGCAGGUACUCUAAUGGAGUCCUCCCAGAGAGCAACCACAGCCCCAACAAUCACCUUAACAACCACAGUGGGCAGAUCAGCCCGUCGACUCCUCCGAGCAUCGAGGAGGCACUGAAGAUUAUCCACGACACCGAGAGGCCUCACGCUAGCCUGGCUGUCGGGGACGGAGAUAACGGCUUCUAUCUCCACGGUGAGGAGCCCUCUGACCCUCCAGGUGCCCACGGUGAAGGAGACGACCAGGGUUUGGCUAAGGCCCGGCUGAACGACCACGACCCGAACUCUGUGUCCACUGAUGAGGUUGACACCGGCAUCCACGUGAGGACGGAGGACAUCCAGAGCUUGGACGAGGACUCCUCCUCGCUGAGAGACUAUUCAGAUAUGGACCCAGACUGCGAGGCCAUGACCCGGUCGUGCCCUCUGUCUGACCGGCCCGAGAGGGAGAGAAGCAAGGAGGGAGGACAGAAAGGGGCGGGCGACGCUGACUCUAAUGGGGAGAGGGGAGACGGAGGUGACAGGAGCAGCCCCUGUCCCAGUUCAGCGCCCACAAUCCCCAGAUCCCACACAGCCAGCCCCGCCUCGUCCUCCGGAGGCUCUGGAGGCGGCAUGAUCCGGAUGACGAGCUUCGCAGAGCAGAAGUUCAGGAAGCUGGAGGGACGGAGUAGCGGAGGAACCACACCAGAGAGCUCAGACCUCAACGUGCCGUACACACACCCGGCAAGAAGUAUUCCCUCUCAGAUCUCCACGCCUCCUUUGCCCAUCACAUCCCCCUCCCCAGUCACACCUUCCCCCAGAGACCCUUCCCACCUGAUUGCCUCAGAGAUGAUUCAGCUGAGGAUGAAGCUGGAGGAGAAACGGAGAGCCAUCGAAGCCCAGAAGAAGAAGGUGGAAGCAGCUUUCACCCGCCACCGCCAAAAGAUGGGCAGGACGGCCUUUCUGAACGUCGUGAGGAGGAAAGGAGUCACUGCCCCUCUCAGCCCGAGCGCCGGCGGAGCAGAAACACCUUCUCCGGAGCCACUCGCGUCCUCGAAGGAGACCGGCCAGAGCAGCAUGGAGCGGGCGGAGAGGUGCAAGCCAGACGGUGCAGCUCCUAAAUCCCCCUGUGAGGAUAGCGGAGGUGUGACUCCGGGGGAAAUCGACCUCGCAGAUUACACUCGCUCCAUCGAGAGGCUGAACACGUCGCUGGGCUUCCUGCAGACGGAGAUGCAGCGUUUGUCCCAGCAGCAGGAGAAGAUCAUGGCCAUGAGGGAGCAGCAGCAGCAAGCCUGGGUCAUCCCUCCUCCGGCUCCUUCUCCACACAGGCAGCUCCGGGAGUUGCGCAGCAGCAGCGUGACAGGUCGGGGGUCAGGCCGAGGCUCCGUUGGGUCUUUGUCUCCCAUCCUUUCCUCCUCUGGCUCUCCCCACGCUCCCAAUCGUUCCCCGGCUGGCAUCAAGCGGCGACCGGCCUCCUUCCAUGCCAGGACUCCUCGGACUCCGCGACCGAACGAUCUGAAGGUCACACCCUUCAGCCGGAUGCUCAACACCCCUUGCUCAGUGGACAGCCUGCCCAGACUGAGGCGGUUCAACUCCAGCCAAACCCAGCUCUGCUCGUUUGCCUACCUGAGCCACGAUGAGGGGCAGGGGGGUGUCAAGAGGAGCCAAGAGGACAAGGACGACAAAGAAAAUACUAAGGACGAAGAAGAGACAGUGGUGAGGAAGAGUGCGGGCACUCCUCAGCCUUCUGCUAAAGAAGGAGCCAAAGAGAAGGAAGGUGAGAGACAGGAGGUGCCGGCUCAGUCCGUGGCGGGAGUCAAAAAGGGCUCAUCAGAGGUGUUGCGUCAACCAGUGUCUGAGAUCCAAGGGCCCACAGGCAGCGGUGUCAAAGGAGACCACCAGGACAGGAGAGACCUGGUGGAGGUGCCUCUGUCUGGGCUGAAGCCUCCAGGAGGACCACACAGUGGAGAGGGACACGGGGACGGGGAGGCAGGAGGGGACACUUACGGAGACGACCAAAAGAUGUGCUGUGGAUUCUUCUUCAAGGACGAUGUGAAGGGUGAGGAGGACAUGGCAGCCAAGAAAGCCGCUCUGCUGGAGAAGAGGCUGAGGAGGGAGAAGGAGGCUCUGGAGAAGAAGCAGCAGCAAGAGCUGGACCAGGAGCAGAAGAAGGAGGCUGCACGGUUGAAAGCCGAGGAGGAGCAGCAGAAGAAGGAUGAGGAGAAGGCGAGGAGGGAUUACAUCAGGAAUGAGUAUCUGAGGAAGAAGCAGCUCAAGCUGAUGGUGGACAUGGACGAGGUCAUCAAGCCUCGGUCUGGCAGUCUCAAGAAGAAGCCGCGGCCCAAGUCCAUCCACAGGGACGUCAUGGAGUCGUCUACUCCGCCCGUGAGGGCGUCAGGUGUGCGUCCUCGAGGCUUCUCAGUAUCAAGCGUUUCUUUGGCGUCUCUCAACCUGGCCGACCACGACAGAGAGCAACCAAAUAACAAGAAGAACAACAGAGGCAAUAAAGUAGCUUCUGCCCAUAUCCCGUUCUAUCUAAGCUCACCCAAAGAAAGAAAGGGAAGGCCGGACUCAGCGGAAGGUUUCUCCUCCUGUCCCUCGACUGGAAGCCGGAACGGAGAGAAGGACUGGGAGAACGAAUCCACCACCUCGUCCACGCCCUCCAACGCCGAGUACACAGGACCCAAACUGUACAAGGAGCCGAGUGCCAAGUCCAACAAGCACAUCAUCCAGAACGCCCUGGCUCACUGCUGCCUGGCUGGCAAGGUCAACGAAGGGCAGAAGAACAAGAUACUGGAUGAAAUGGAGAAAUCUGAAGCCAACAACUUCCUGGUGUUGUUCCGCGACGCUGGGUGCCAGUUCAGGUCGGUGUACACCUACUGCCCCGAGACGGAGGAGAUCACCAAGCUGGCCGGCAUCGGGCCGAGGAGCAUCACCACCAAGAUGAUCGAGGGCCUGUACAAGUACAACUCGGACCGGAAGCAGUUCAGCCAGAUCCCAGCCAAAACCAUGUCCGCUAGCGUGGACGCCAUCACCAUCGCCAGUCAUCUGUGGCAAACCAAGAAGCAGGGGACGCCCAAGAAACUGCACCCCAAGUAGUCACCCCCGACCGAGACCUGGACACACUUCUCCGGAGUGAACGCAGAAGAGAAUGAGUGGAUUUUACUGUAUCAUUAAACGGACACACUGUCCCACUGUAAGAAAUCACAACUGGAAUGUAGAACACAAACGGGCCUCACCACACAGAGUCGCACUCUGGACUACUUCGAUCGGGGCACAAGUGUGUACUUGUCAGCAUGUGUGUCAAUGUUCUCGUGUGCCAAAAGAAAAAGAAAACAAGAGGCGGACCGUUGCCUUACCUAGUUGAACCACUGAAGCAGUGAAUGUCACGCCUCUGACGGAGGCAGUUUGGUUUUUCUGAGUUGAUCAUGUGUGGCCUUAUUGCUUGUUUUGUGUCAUGUGGAUGCGCCGUGAGUGUUGGUGUCAUUUCGUCAGCGCCUGUCGAACACGUCGGUCGUGAUGCAGGAGAGACUCACAGGUCUGGGAUCAGAUUACGCCCCGUAAAGCCCAGGACAGGUUAUUUAGAAAAAGGGUGGGCCUGUCUGAUCUGUGAUCAGGUAGAGGCAGCAUUUUUUUGAUGAGAGUUUUGCUGCUAUACAGGCACGUUUUUUCUGUUUUGUUCAAUUUUCUUAACACGUGACUGAAACACCUAUAAACUGUUCAGAUUUAUGUGUGUGUGUGUGCGUGUGUGUGUGUGUGUGUGUGUGUGUGUGUGUGUAUAGUGAAGUGCCAAGCAGAGUGAGGAACAAUACCUCAGUUGGUGAUUGCAAUUUCUUUCCAAAAGUGUGACAUGAUGAGAGAUUAUUUGAGCAAACGGAGAAAACCAUCAGACAACUCUGGAAAGCAACGUGCAGAAUAAAGGCUCUUUAAUUUAUUUCGUUUUUGAUAACGCUUUGAAGAUAUUUUAAAAAAAAACCGAAGGCGUCUUAGAUUUUAUCCAGAGAAACAUAAUAUACAAUGCGUACAUAAGUUAAGUUAAUUUGUAUAUGAUGGCAGAUCCAUUCAAAAGGAACAAAAAUCCGCUCGUAGUAGCUUUCUGAGUAGCUUUUAUAAUUUAUCAUGUAUGUGUAUGAGUAUGUCGUCGUUUGGGGCCUUUUAUUGUGCUGCAAAUGCAAAAUGUGCGAUCACUCCACGGUGUCACUGAUAAGACUAUUGUCAAUCGUAGAAAAUAGAUGAACAAAAAAACCCACUCUGUGUCAGCCGUCUGUGCAAGUUAAAUAGUCUCCAUUGACCCAUGUCGCAGUUUGAACUAACAAGUACUCGAAAUGCCACUUUAACGUGGCGUAUUGUCUUAACUGUCACAUCUCGAUCGCCCUUAAAGUAGUCCACAAUUGUAAAUAGAAUGAAUUCACCUAUGAUAGCACUUCAAGACCCUGUCCACCGUCGCUUGGCCGUUUCCACCCAUCAUGCUCGUUUUUGGACAUAACUGUUACAUUCUUCUCAGUAUGUGUUGACACUAUACAGAUAUAUUUUGGCAUAUAGAAGUAUUUUUUGUAAUGACAUUUACCUGUUGGAGGUGUGUACUAAUGAAGCAGUACAGUUGAUGAAGGAAGCGUGUUGAAAGCAUCCGAUCGGAGCCCGAAUGAGGCUUUUGUUCUGCGGUGUUGUAUGAAAUCCAUUAAGUAUACAGAGAAAAAAAAAAAUCAUAGUAUUUUUUUGCCAACUCUGAAUUCAUUUUUCUUUUUCAGUUUACUAAAUAUGCUCAACUGUUCAUGGAUUUUUGUUCUUUAUUUCUUUUUUUUGUUUUUGUUUUUUAUUCCUUGGAGCUUUAUUAAAAUGCCAGCUAUCAACAGUA